CUGUGCUACUGCAAUUAUUGUGCAGAUAUUUAGUUCCCCGCGAAAUUGUGGUAUUUUGUUUGCAAAAAUGAUAGUUCUCUAGACUUAGCACAGCCAUAACCGAGUAAAAUCACGCUGCAAAAUUUGUUUUACAAAAAUGUCAUCAGAUUCUUUUAUGGGAAAGGUUGCGCUGGUGACUGGCGGAGCGUCCGGCUUGGGAAAAGCAACCACCGAGCGUUUAUCCGCAAAGGGAACCAUCGUUUACGCGGUGGAUCUAGUAAUUCCCGAUCAAGAGGAGGAACCACGGGAGGGCUUAAUUAAGUACCGCAAAUGUGAUGUAACCAGGGAAGACGACGUUGCCAAUGUAAUCAGUGAAAUCAAAUUCAAGCACAGCCGACUGGAUUUUGUGGUCAACUGUGCCGGGAUUCUGGGCCAUGUCGAGCCGGUGUACGAUUUCGAAACGGAGGCGAUGCAUUCCACUCAAAUGUUCAUGGACAUAUUUCGGGUCAAUGUGUAUGGAACAUUCAAUGUUAUACGCCAUGCAGUGGGACUGAUGGCCGACAACCCGCCGGGAGACGAUGGACAGCGCGGUGUCAUUGUCAACACCUCCAGUCGCGCUAGGAAAGACGGAGCGGCAAGACUGGUUGCCUAUAACGCCAGUAAAGGCGCUGUCAGUGCGAUGACCGUCCCGUUGGCACGAGAGUUUGGUGCGGUUGGAAUUCGUGUUGUGGCCAUUGCGCCGGGGGCGUCGGAAACUCCGAUGUUGCAAAACGAGGAGUACAGCUGGGUACUGAAAGGUCACGCAGCCAAGACCGUUUUUCCCAUGCGGCCGGGCAAGCCGCAGGAGUUUGCACAUAUGGUGGAAUUCACCAUUGAAAACCAUUUGAUAAAUGCGACAACUGUGCGAUUGGACGGAGGAUUCCGAGGGUUUUAGGGAAGGCACGAAUAUCAUGUCAGUAUGACAUAAUAGGCUGCUGUUGCGGAUUUUCUUAUUGCUGAAGAAGAGAACAGGAUGCGGCUGAUCAUUUUAACACGGUGUCGUAUUAUCCUGAUGAUGUGUUUGUCCUCGAGGAGCUCCUGCAUGCUGGGUUUGUUUGCUGUAUACAUUCUUGUACUGUCUGUCUGAAAUCCGUGAAUGUUAUUGUUCUCGUACAAAAUACAGCAGCACUUGAAAUAAAUCAAUGUGACCCCAAGACGAAGCCCUUUUUAACUUCUCUACAAUCAGCAUUUCACUUCUGUUUUGGUGUCUCAUACUCAACUUCUGUACUGGUACGAUGCUUUACUCGCUAAUGCUGUGUGCGUGCAUAUAGAUAUAUGAGCUUUACCAGGUUGUACCGCUACUACCGUAGCAGCGCUGUCCAGAUAAUGCCGGUAGACAAUACCUCAGCGAAUAAAGCCCAAAUGCAAA